AAUUUCGAAGAUAAUCAAUCCGUCGGACCGUUGGUGGUCGUAACGGAAGAAGAAGGAGAUGAAUUGUACGGCCUUCAAUCUCACCACCACCAGCCCCUUUCUCCCUGCAAGGACGACCCGACUCCGAAACCCGCACCCGACCCUCCACCGUUUCCUCCAUUUCGGAUUCACCCGCCCGAAGCAGAAACGAUGCCGUUUCUCGCCGCCAAACGCCACCUCCUUGGAGCUCCCGCUGCUCCCCUUCACCUUGACCGAGGUUCUGGUUCCAACUGAGAGUAAAACACUGCAUUUAUAUGAAGCCAGAUAUCUUGCUCUUCUCGAGGAGUCAUUGUUGAGGAACAAGAAGUUCUUCGUGCAUUUUGUGCUGGAUCCUAUCAUUAUUGAUGAUUCAUUGGAAGAAGCAUCUUUUGCAGCUAGAAAUGGUUGUUUGGUAUUUAUAGAAAAUGUUGAGAGAUUAGAAGUUGGAGCAUUAGUCUCUAUAAGAGGAAUUGGUCGUGUAAAGAUUAUCAAAUUUCUGCAGGCAGAUCCUUACUUGAAAGGUGUUGUCAUACCCGUGCAGGACAGGGUACCUGAUAGUGUAAGCAGAUUAAGCCCCAAAGUUUUUCAAGUAAAAGAGGCUUUGUGUAGUUUAAAUAGUUUGGAAAUCAAACUAAAGGCUCCAAAGGAGGCACCUUUGCAGACUCAAAUUGCCAACUCUCUGAUGUGGACGGAAAAGGAACUACAAGUGGACUGUGAUGAAGCUUUCUUUCCUUCCUUGGCUGAGCGUGUAUCCUUUGCAGCACUUCAACCUGUAUCAGGAUCAAGUCAAUCGGAACUUCUGAAGCUGCAGCAAGAGAAAUUAAAGGCAAUGGAGCUGAAAGACACAAUGCAUAGGCUAGAUAAUUCAUUACAGUUUGUCAAAGAUAAUAUCUCCAUGGUUGCAGCCAAGCUUGCAAUACAAUCAGUAGAGAUGAAGUGAGUUGUCGGAUUUUGCAUAGAUGUUGAAUCAUGAAACUCCAUCGCCAAUAUGCCUUUAGGCUGUGAUUGUCCUAUACCGUCGGAUUGGGGUAGCUGAAGUAGGUAUAUAUCUGCUUGUAUGGUAAUGCCUGCCUUGUUUCUUUUUGUUCUCCCGUAUUUUAUUCGUUUUCAAAACCCAAAUACUAGCUGGACUUUUCUAGUUGGAGGAUGGAAAGCAGUGUUGGAAACUAUUUUCAAGGAAAUUGUAGAUAAAUUGUGGGUUUAUGGUUU